CGCAGUUUGUCAACUUCCGGUUUCAGUUGAGUUGUAUGUUUACAUUUUGACAGAUCAAAAAAAAAUAUUUUUAAACCCCUAGCCAUGUUCUCCAGCGUCUCCAAGUGGCUAGGAGUUGUAGACAAUACAGUUGAUGAAGAGACAUUAGCUGUUAAUGCUGAAGGCGAGGAGAAACCAGUUGAAAAACCAGAGAUAAAAGACGAAGAAAAGACCACUGCCACUGCGGAGAAAGUUGACAAUGAUCCAGAAAAUGACGACUUAAUUUCUCCACAAACGAAACAAACUUUAGAAGACGUGUCUGCAAAGGCUAUAAGCACUGCAAAGGAAUGGGGUACAUUCCUGUACGGCAUUGGGAAGCAGGCAUCUGAGAAAGUAACAGAGAAGGCGAAAGAGAUAACCAAGUCUGUGGAGGAUAAGACAUUCCUUGGUGAUUUCACGAAAGAACAGGAAACCUUCGUUACAGAGAAGAAGGAAAAAGAUCGCAAGUCAGAGGCAGCGGUCCCACCCUGGGUCGGAUAUAAUGAAGAAGAUGAUAUGAAGGCUCAGAUACUGGCACUCUCACAGGACAAAAGAAAUUUCCUCAGAAAUCCACCCAGUGGCAUACAGUUUCAGUUUGACUUUGAUGCAAUAUUCCCUGUUGCCAUGGCAACCCUUCAAGAGGACACAAACCUUCAAAAAAUGAGAUUUGAACUCGUUCCUAAACAAAUAAAAGAAGACAUGUUCUGGAGAAAUUACUUCUAUCGUGUAUCACUCAUCAAGCAGUCGACACAAUUAACAUCUUUAGCUCAACAAGCAGGAAAUGGUGAAGGAAAAGAUCAUUCUCGUUCAUCGUCGAUAAGCAGUGAAAACAAAGAGCGAUCAUCCCCAAAACCCAUCCAGCGAUCUCCGGAGGUCGAGGAACAGGCAGGAAGCCCGCAAGAGAAUGAGUUUGUGAGCGACUCGUUUGCGGAUGAUGGACAGAUCAGUGACGAGGAUCUACGGAAAGAAAUGGAAAUGCUGGGAAUGGAGGGGGAUAAAAAAGAGGAGGGCGAACCAAAAGAAAACCCGACAGUCUGGGAGGCCGAAUUACAACGGGAACUUCAGGAGUACGAAAUGGUCGGCAGCGGUGAGGAUAUCGAUGAUGCGGACAUUGAAAACGAGAUUUUAAAACAGAUCGAAGAAGAAUCGUCUGCUUCAUAAUUAUAUCUCUCCAUCCAGUGGCAUUAACUGUCUGACCAUGUUUGUUUUUCUAUGCUCUUGUUUUGUCGUUGUAAAUACCCGGUUGUCUAUUAUAGGGAUACUCUGGCAGUUUUGUUACAGACUGCUGUUCUAUUUCUGUCUAAUGAACAUUUGAUACGUCUUUAGUUGCUGGUGAGGCAAGCUGUUAAGAAUGGCUGUAGUUUGUUUUGUAACAGCAUCAGCAGUGUUGGUACAUGAAUUGAUAUGAUGCUAUGUCAGAUUACAACCGUCAGUUAUUAACUUUGUUCUGCCAUCAAAAUUGGAUUUUUGGAUGAAUACGCUCAUAUUCUUAAUAUAAAAAGAUAUAUUAUUGCUUGACAUCAGAUUUUGAAAUAAGCCCUGCUAUAUAGAAAUCAGAGUAUGUUUAAGAUAAGAAUCAAUUGAAUCAAUGUGCAUUUGUUUAUCCAAGGUUAUCAUCAUGGUCAGCAAUAACGGUACUUUCUUCUAUUACACUUUAUACAUACCGUGGGAAAAUUGACUGACAAAAUCUCAUUUUAAUGAAUAUGCAUGAGGCAAGGGAGACAACUCUUUUUCUAAUGAAAUCAUAUGUUACAAUAAAAUACCCUUCAAUAACCCUGUAUUGUCAGUUGUCUCCACAGGCGAGUGGUCUUAUAAGUUGUAUUCAAAUUUGUUCUGAAAACAGAAGUAUGCGUGUAUGUGCAUAUUUCCACAUUGCUUGCUUGCAGGACAAAUGAAACUGCCUUUUAAUUUAUUUAUGAAAACGAGAUUUUCCUAACAAAACCCAAAAAUAGGUUAUUGUGUGACUAGGAAGUCUUUCCAUUUGGUAAAUUGUUAAUGGUUAUGAACACUUGUAUCACGGUUGGUUUGGCACCAUGUUGAUUGUGUGAUAUCACCAGAAUUUCUUCAGAGGAUACAAUGUUUUGAAACUGUGACAAAUUCAUUUCAGCUGUUCUCUGUUAAUAAGCUGACUUUGUGCCUCUAUAAGGCACUGCUGUCUUGUUGGCUUAAGAAAAGUAUUGUUGUGUUUAUAUGUAUAUUUCUGAUUGAGAAAAUUACACAUGCAUUUCUUACCAUGUUUCAGUUCAAGUAUUGACACUUCUGCUGUCUUGUUGGCUUAAGAAAAGUAUUGUUGUGUUUAUAUGUAUAUUUCUGAUUGAGAAAAUUACACAUGCAUUUCUUACCAUGUUUCAGUUCAAGUAUUGACACUUCUGCUGUCUUGUUGGCUUAAGAAAAGUAUUGUUGUGUUUAUAUGUAUAUUUCUGAUUGAGAAAAUUACACAUGCAUUUCUUACCAUGUUUCCGUUCAAGUAUUGACAUAUUUAUAACAUAUUGCUGAGUAAGCUGAAAUUUUAACUAUAGUUUAUAUGAAGUUCACAUAUCUUGUAUCUUUCUUUAAAUAAGGGAACUGUCGGACAUUAACUUGCAAAUUGCCUUUAGAUAUUUAUUUUAGAAUAGGGUUUAAUUUUGCUUCCUGCUUUUCUAUAAGCUUGCAUCAUUUUUUUUGGUGUUUAGGUCAAGUUUGGCUUUGCUAGGGGUUAGAAUAGGGAUUAUGUUGUUUCAAUCAUUAACUCAUCAUAUAAAUGUUAAUUGUUAAUAUAAAUGUUAAUUGUUAACAUUAUGAUCAUUUCGUUCGAAUAUAUUUCUGUGAUAGCCAUUGCCAAGGGAAAUAACCAUUGUUGAGGAAUUUAAUGUUGUGUUAAUGCACUUAUACUACUGUUUGCAACAGGAUAAAGGGAUAUGAGGGUUUGAUUGCAACGGGAUAAAGUAAUAUGAGGUUUGAUUGCAACGGGAUAAAGUAAUAUGAGGUUUGAUUGCAAUGGGAUAAAGUAAUAUGAGGUUUGAUUGCAAUGGGAUAAAGUAAUAUGAGGUUUGAUUGCAACGGUAUAAAGUAAUAUGAGGUUUGAUUGCAACGGUAUAAAGUAAUAUGAGGUUUGAUUGCAACGGUAUAAAGUAAUAUGAGGUUUGAUUGCAACAGGAUAAAGUAAUAUGAGGUUUGAUUGCAACGGGAUAAAGUAAUAUGAGGUUUGAUUGCAACGGGAUAAAGUAAUACUACUGUUUGCAACGGGAUAAAGGGGUAUGAGGUUUGAAGCAUUGAUUUGUGACUGUGUUGUCCUUGCACGAUUAUCAAAUACCCACCUGGCCCCAAUUUCUCAAAACUUGUUAAGUCCCUUGUAACAAGAUUAAGCUAAAAUCACUAUUUUUGCUUUUCAAUAAUUUGCGUAAUAUAUAUAUUUUUGAAGAAAUUUUAGACUUUAAAAAGCAAUUUUCACUAUGAUUAUCAGAAUAAACCAAUUUUUCAUUUAUCAAAAUUCAAUUUAAGUCAGUACUUUGACUAAUUGAAAUAAGCUACUUAAGCCUGUUAAGCUUUAGAAAUUCCGAGAAAUUGGGGUUUUCAAAAAGCAACUUAGAUUGAACUUUAAUUUAAGAUUAGAAACUAAGUGUUUUGAUUGGCCAGUAUAUUUAGCUAACCAAUAGGCAGAAUGGUAUCACUGAAGCAUGUCUAAGGAUAAGGAUAGAUGGAUAUUAAUUACUGGCCCUGUAAUAGAUGUAUAAAAUGUGAUGAAAGCUGUGAAUUUGAAAUGCGAAACUGCUCUUAUAUUGACACAGUGUGGUGUGGUUGUUUCAAACGUGACUUCAAAUCUGUUUUAAAUGUUGCGUCUGACUGUUUUAGUUUGGGCGGAAUAUCACGACCUCAUCAUUGGUGUGAAAUUGUAAUGUGAUCAUGCCUUGUUGAACAGAUUGACAAGCAUGUUUCGUUAAGUUUGUUUGCAAGCAGUAGUAUGUUCAUGAUAGUGAUUGGUUAUACUGCCUUGUCAAAUAUAUGUAUUGUUAUUGUAUAUAUGGGUGUGCUGUUUUCUUUGUUUUUGAUAUAAUGGCAUUGUUAAAGUGUAAAAGUAAACAUAUAUGUAUCUGACACUUCAAGUUAUUUGUGUACAUCUAUGUAACUCCCGAAUUCAUUGUAACUGUCUUAUUGUUAACCCAGUGAAAUAUGAAAUGAUUGGUCACAACUCCUUGUAGUUAUCUUCAGUUUUAAUUGUAUCAUAUGUAAGCAUCUUGUUAACCUAACAUCAGCCUGACUCAAUGGCUACCUUCUGACAGAAAUAAAAAUAAAUAAAUAGCUAGCCUUUGCACAAACCAGUUAACCUCAUUUAAAGCUGUACUCUCACAGAUUUACUGUUUUUACAUUUUUUUUUAUUUUUUGUCUUGGAAUGAGCAAUUUCUUGCGAACAUAUCUGCAAACCAGUGAUAAAAGACUGCUGAUAAAAGAUCAGAUCUCAGAUUUUCAUAUUUCCAUUCCAAAAUUAAUGUGUUCUAGCUAAAACCGUUACUAACGGUUUAAGAAAAAUGCAUAAAACAUCAAUUUUUGAACUUAAAAAUAAAAAUCUGUGAUCUUAUUUUUGGUCAGCCAACUUAUAUGACUAGAUUACAUGAAUUUUAGCACAAAUUGGCUCGUUUCAAGACCAAAAAUAAAAAAGUUGUCAAAACGUUUAAUCUGUGAGAGUGCAGCUUUAAAAAAAAUAAUAAUUAAAAAUAUUAUGGUUAUGAAUUAACAGGAGCCAUUGGUAACCUUGUUCCAGCUUUUCAAUUGUCAAAUGUCAAAUGUCCGAAGAGUUGAAAAUAGUCCAUUCCAUUUGGAUUAUACAACUAUGAACUAUUAUUCACUGAUGAAAUAUAAUCCCUUUGAUGUUUAAUGGAAUGGUUAAAUGGCAACCAGUGUCAUGUAAAUUAUACCAAUGUUAAAAAUGGUACCAAGUCAUCUAUAUUCCCCUAUAUUGUAAUUACCACCCUUGUUGAAGACUGUCGUCAUGGAAACGUUGUCUUGUGGCAAUAUUUAGAACGCUAAUUAAUUAUUGCUAAUUAAUUAUUUCUCGCUUCGAAUGUCUCCAUAAAAAAGUUUUUACGCACCUUCAAGAAAUAAUGCUUCACUCUCCUUAGAACUAUUUAAAGACAUAUUUGACUAUCAACAUAUUCUGAAUCACUGCGCGAAUACCCAUGACAACCACGAAUUAUCGUAUAUCCAUACGCAAUUAUUUCCACUAAGCACAAAAGAGUUCCAGCAAAAAACACAUUUUUACUUAAUUUUGUUUCACUGAGGUGGGAGAAAAAGCAUCUACCAUAGCCGCUCAUGUAAGAUAGGUUCAUCCCGACCCUCGCGCAGGGUGUUUUGCGGAAACUCGGUAAACCUUCGUUUCCGGAAAACACCCUACGCUCGGGUCGGAAUGAACCUAUCUUACACUCUCGGCCAUGGAAGAUACUUGUAAUCUUAAUAAAUCCUGGGAUCACAUUGAUGGUUUCAAUAACUAGACAAGUUUACAUACUAUGAAACAUCACCAGUAAGGAAUAUAAAGAAAAUGAUAUAAUUAUUUACAUAAUAAAUUUAGUUUGUAUAUAAUUAUAUACAACAAUUAUAUAAAGUUUUUAACAUCCUUGACCUUUGGUUUUCAUUGUAUAUGUAUUUACUGUAUGUUUGGUAAACUAUAUUAAGGGAACAAUGUUACUUCAGAGGGUGUGGUAUGCUGUAUGCGAAAAAGGUUUACUUUUCGUUUUUCUAUAUAUAUUUUAGGGAUACUUUCAGUUUAAGUUGAAUGUAUACUUAAAGACACAUUCUGAUAGAUUAAUCGCAGCUAAAAAUAGAAAUUAAUCCUGUGCAAUUUUGAAAGAAAUCUGAUUGGAAAUCUUACCCAAAAUCAACCAAUAUUUUUAAAUAAGAAGUCCUUUUAGAACUGUGAAUGGAGUCCAAUGUCAGGUUUAUUUUAUGUGGUGGAAAACUCCACUGUAAACAAUAAAUAUAUUGGCACCUGUUAAUUGGCAACUGUAUUUCAUAGUAAACCAGGUUGUAUCCAAUCUGACAGAAUGUACCUUUUAUAUCACUAUGUAACAUAGAAUUUAUUAUUUUGUUAAUGGAUUUAAACACCUAUUUGGUAUAUUAUGUUUUGGAAGGUUGGAGUUAUAAUGAAAACUAUACAAACAUGC